GAAACUGUAGGUAUAAAAGAGGUAGACAGAACGGAGAGAUCAAGGCCAGAAUCAGCCCAGUGAAGUCAACGUGAAGCAUCAGUGAACUGUCUUACUACCUCACGCGUAAGUUGAGAAUAAUUGCAGUGGACAGACUUAUUGCAUCAACUCGUCAGGGAUCUACAUAUUUUGACAUGGACACCACCAAUAAUAAAUCAGCAAACAGUGCUGGCAGUGAGCUGUCCGAGCAGAUAAAAGCUGUGACCAAAGACAGUCACAUCCGGGCUGAGAAUACACAGUUAAUGGCUAACUUCCAGAAAGGAGAGAUCACUCUGCCACAGUACAAGCUACUCCUGUGCUCCCUGUAUGAGAUAUACCAAGUACUGGAAGAGGAACUGGACAAAAACUCAGCCCACCCAGCUGUGGAGCCCAUCUACUUCCCCCAGGAGCUGGCCAGAAUAGAGUCCCUGGAGAGAGAUCUAGAGCAUUUUUUCGGCCCUCAGUGGAAACAGAGGGUUAUAGUACCUGCAGCAACACACAGAUACACAGAGAGACUCCGAGAGAUUGGCAAGAAUAGUCCCAAUCUCCUGGUGGCUCAUACUUACACCCGUUAUCUUGGCGACCUGUCAGGAGGCCAGGUUCUAGGAAAGAUUGCCCAGAAGACCCUGGGAUUGGGCGGCACGGAGGGUGUGGCGUUCUUCACAUUCCCAGGGGUGACGAGUCCCCACCGCUUUAAGCAACUGUACAGGAGCAGAAUGAACAGCAUCGAGCUGACUGAGGAGGAGUGCAGGAAGGUUCUGGAUGAAGCCGUCAGAGCUUUUGAGUUUAACAUUGGUGUCUUUGAAGACCUUCAGAAAAUGUUGAGCAUUACAGAACAGGCUGCAGGAGGCAGUGGAAGAGAAAAGGCACCUACCACCACACUGUUAACUGCCAUUUCUCGAUCUUCAGUUGCACAGUUUACACUGGGAGCAUGCGUUGCACUGGCAACUGUUGGAAUGGGAAUUUACGCUUUUUGAAAAGGAAAAAAAAAAGCAACAUAAUAGGGCACUAGUCACAUGUCCCCCCAAGUGAAACAUUUAUUCCUCUCCAUUUUCAAAUGAUACUUUUGCUCAAAUAUAUAAAAGUAGAAAAUAAUCUUUUUAUUCAUUUCCAUUUUUAGGUUGUUUUUUUUUUUGUAUUUGUUUUAUUGGUGACACAAAGAAAUUCUAAAAGUAAAAAGGUAUUUUAAGA